CUCAAGUACAACUAUAGGGGAAGAAGUUGCUUAGGCGCUUGUUUAUGAUGCCACUCUCAGGAGCUUCCCGACGCUAGGAGAUUAUCGUAGGUACGGCCAGCUAGCAAGAUCACGAUUUGCAGAUGUGUUUUUUUCGCCAUCUGCAGGCUUUCUGCUGAUCCAUGAGUACUAUACACGUCUGUUCCUUUUACGGGGUAUGCGCUUUUCCAAGUGAGUAGCGUAGGUAGGUUGCUUCACCUCUUUUCUUUGUGAAGUCCUCUGUUCGGAACGAUAGCGUUUUCGAAAGUUAUUUCAUCCAACAUACAUUCACCGGAGGCGGAAAGUUAUUAACGCUCCUGCUCCUAUUGUUUGGACGGCAUUGCUGCUGAGCCGUGAAAUUGAACGAAGGUGUUUUUCCCGGUGAAACAGGAGAAACUCUAGUACGCCGUAUUGCAUUUGCAUGCGAAGCCGAGCAUUUAUUUUUCGAGUUAAUUUUACUUACAAACGACAAUUACGAGCACGACCCGCUUGAUUGAUCAAGCCACUGACCGGCCAAGACUUUUUUCCGGGCCGUAUCUAUAAUCGACUACACCACCGAGGUCUCUUCUCCUUUCUUCGACUGGGUCGAAAAUGAUCUUCCACGGGACAACAAGAACGGACAAAAGCUCCAGGAGUGUAUGCUAUAUGCGGAGCUGCUGCUGCACUCAACACGCCCGGGCCCUCCGAUCCGGGGUUCUCGUUCUUGUGGCAUUACAGUCGCUCGCGCAUGUUUCCACCGAGGUUUUUGGCCGAUCUGGCCCCGGCGCUGCUCAAAGUAACGCUUGGGCUACGCCCCUGCCUGGGUUUGACAUUGCACCGCCGGGACACCUCCAGCAGCCGAUGCUGUUGGCGUACCAGAAUUUACCUUUCGUCGGGGAUGCACAGGACGACCACGAGCCAGCAACUUCACCAGCCGAGGCGCAAGCGGGAUUUCUCGGGCCGCGCAAUGUGGACCACGACCAGCCCGCAGCAGCCAUCGCCGAACCACGAGGGGAACAACAAGGGAACAACUUGGGCGGUCCGGAAGAUCAAGUUGCGCCGGCAGCAGACCAGCGAGGGGCGGCGGGGGAAACUCCUGGUGGUCAGAGACACGAACGCAACUUGUUUCAGCGGGGCGUGUCCGCGUCCUCCAAGUCCACGGCCGCCAACGAGGCAGAGGCAAGCCUGUAUUUCCCACCCGGUCGGCAGCGCUUGCUGCUCGUAGACGAAGAUUAUCCUAUGCAAAACACGUCUUCGAUGAUCGCAAGUUGAUGUGCAACACUGUUGAUAAUAUUGCAGUUGUAACACUAUCUAUUGUUAUCUAAUCAAAAUAGACGAACAUGUGGAAGUGGACAGACAGUGGGCUGCUCCUCAUUCGGUGCCCCGCCGCCGAUCCAGCCUUUUUGCAGACCACAGCGCAAGUAAUUACUACGUGGCAAGGUGGUGUGGGUGUGCAGGCUCGUGUAUUGUUUACGUGCGACCUGCGAGACAGAACCCUUUGCAAUGGAUACAGCUACUGGACAGAUCGUGGCAUUGUUGCGGGACUCGACCACCAUGUUCUGUUGCAUGGGCGCGACGAAGACGGCUUCGAUGAGUUCGCAGAAGGUAAGUGGAGAAUUACUGCACUUUUUCAUGUGAUGGAUUCAUAUUCUUCGUGCUAUAUUUUUUGUCGGUCUUCUUGUAGCGCAGUCCGCAGCGCUUUCCUCAAACCAACCGCAUCUGUUUCGUGGUGAAACAAGUAGACGAAAAGAUGAAUCACGGCACAGGAAAGCUUCGCGCCGAGGGGCUCCGGGUGCGGCAGUUUCUGCCGGGGAAUGGCCCGGAGGAGGGCGAGAGCUGCAAGCAGCUGA